UUGUAUGCUAAAGAUCAAGCUCGGUAAACCACCUUCAUUGUGGCGCUGCAUGUGCAUGGCAUGGCUCACCAACCCGCCUGGGAAAGUUCACCCCAAACACGGAAGGCGCAAAGCCCGCCGUGCCUGCCACAGCACACGCUUAGAGCAGUCCGAGGCCUUUCGCUUCAUUCGCUCGCCCUGACGCUGAUGCUGAAACCACUCACUCUACCGCCUUACCCACUAUUUUAUGUACACUUUAGCUUGUCCAGGAUUACACUCGUUGUAUUUCGUACGACAGGCCUCGCGUUAGUAGAAGCCGCAAACAGUCUACCAACGCUCGCAAAAUCAGGUGAAGCCGGAGUGGUUCCAGGUCUAUCUACUCCCUGGCAACAGGCUUCACUAUCAACACGGAUAGGUGCAUAUAUUCGCCCGCCGCCCCACAGAGCGCUGACACAGGACGGUUACACAGCCUCUACGUCAACAACCAUCGUACAGCGGCACGAGCGACCUCCCCCGACCAGGUCACCUACGACCUCUGAGCAGAUGCCCCCGCGUACUCCGCAUGGUGAGCGGGAAGAGCCAGGAAGAUUAUUGUUGUCAAUGGCGCAUUUGGGAGCUACCGGAGGCGUUAGUGACGACGUAGCAGACCAAGUGGAACGCACACUGGGUGGAAACAUGGAUGAACUCAGCGGAAAUAUCCAGCUCGCAAUCGCACAUCCUCCGCACGCUGCAGCAGCAGCUCCUAAUGCAGCAGACAUUGCAGAUUCUUAUAUCCGUGACAGCUUGAACAGACUACGCAGAGACCUCCAAGCGCUUGAUGGUCAUUUCGAUGAUCACGGACGAGCAUUCAGGCGGUUAGAGUUGCCAACGAUUGCCAGGUAUGUCAAUCGAGGUGAUUGCUUGUCUCGUCCAGCCCUGACUGUGAAAUACAAUAGAGAUGGGCGCCCCAACCGCAUCAACAAUUGGUCCACCUGCACGGGAACCGUCAUGUCCCAAGACGAUAACACCUACGACCUGAUCGUGCAGGGACCUACAGCCCGGUCUGUCCACUAUGGCCGUGGGUUCCGUAUCCGCUGGCCAGCAGCACGAGUCCGAUACCGUAUAGAUCGCGACAUUCCACUGAGCCCCGAGGACACGUGUCGAUGCGUCUUGUUCCGCACUGAAUACAACAGGCGUUUCGUACAGACUUUAGAUUGGCAUGAUUGGAUGCAAAACCGCAUUCGAUGUGAGAGGCGUCGAACCCGCCGCCAAGCUUUGGGCGAGACAGGGCUCUUCAGUACAAUACCGGACCAUGCCCUCGUGGAAUUGCGACAGGGUCGAGCACUCGCUGGAGUUGACGUGAGCGAAUAUGACGUGGAGAUCACGAGGAGGAUUCUAGAGGAUCCGUCAGGCUGGGGAGCGGUGGGAUCUGCGCUGAGGAAUCGACUAUGGGUGGAUGAAGUGCUCGAAGACGGGGGGAACUAUGUGCUACUUUGAGGAAAUCGGAGCACGAAUGAGAAGGAAGAUUGUUCGGUUCUCCUGGGGGUUUCGCGGCUGGAAUGCAACGUUGU